AUGGAACGUAGUACAGAAGAACAUGUGGAAGAUGAAUCUAUGGAAGUAGGAGAAGAAGAAGCUGCCUCUGAAUCCUCUGAAUAUGUUGAAAUGUGGAUAGAUGUUUUCCUAGGAAGGAAAGGUAACGAAUAUUUUUGUGAUAUUGAUCCGGAAUACAUUACUGAUAGAUUUAAUUUAAUUAAUUUACAAAAAUCAGUCUCUAAAUUUUCUCAAGUGGUUCAAUACAUUGUUGAUGAUUUAGAUGAAAACGUUUUAGAAUCCAUGUCACAUUCUCGCUUGGAACAAUUGGAAAGUGAUGCUCGUAAAUUUUAUGGGUUAAUUCAUGCUCGUUAUAUUAUUACCAUUAAAGGUUUACAAAAGAUGUUAGAUAAAUAUAAGGAUGCCGAUUUCGGUAGAUGUCCAAGAGUAUAUUGUAAUUAUCAACCGCUAUUGCCAGUGGGUCUACAUGAUCAACCUGGAAUUGAUUGUGUAAAGCUUUAUUGUCCAUCAUGUGAAGACCUAUAUGUCCCUAAAUCAUCAAGACAUAGUUCCAUUGAUGGUGCCUUUUUCGGAACAAGUUUCCCUGGGAUGUUUCUUCAAGCAUAUCCAGACAUGGUUCCAAAACAUCCAACAAAGAGAUAUGUCCCAAAGAUAUUUGGAUUCGAACUUCAUAAACAAGCACAAUUGGCCCGUUGGCAAGAGUUACAAAGAUUGAAAUUGGUGGAGAGACUAGACAAAUUACAAAUAGACAUGUCUAAAAAUGGUGGUUAUGCUACUUAA